AUGUCAAGCUUUAUUCACAAGGUCAAGGAUGCCGUAACUGGCCAUCACGAUAAGGAGACUACCCAUGACUCCUCCAAGACAUCCAACAACAAGUUCGAUGAUACCCGGGAUACCUACGGAUCCUCGCACAACACCGCAGACAACAGCAAAUACACAUCUGCCGGCGCUGGCUCCAACACUGGCUCCAACACUUAUGGCUCUGGCUCUGGCCCCGGCUAUGAGACCACACCCACUACCGGUGCAGGAGGCUACAACACUGGUGCUAGCACUGGCCACGGUGCCCACAACACAGAAACCAUCCAUGACUCCCGCAAGGGUCCAAUUGAUGUCGGCUCGGGAACAUCUGGGAACUAUGGUUCUAACACUGCUGGCGGAUAUGGCUCAUCCAACACUGGCUCCAGCAACGUCAAUGCUGGCCCCCAUGACUCUAAGCUAGCCAACAAAGCCGACCCUCGCGUUGACAGUGACCUCGACAACCGAGGAAAGUAUGCUGGAACCACCGGCUCCAGCAACCCCUUGUCUGGCGGCAGAGACACCUACGGUAGCAGCACCACUGGACGUUCUGCCGGAGAGACGGGCUAUGGCUCCAGCACCGGUCACUCUUCUGGACAGACUGGCUACGGCUCCCACAACCCCCUGUCUAGCAACACCACCAGCCACUCUACUGGACAGUCUGGCUACGGCUCCAGCAACCCUCUGUCAAGUGGCACUACUGGCCACUCCACUGGACAGUCUGGCUAUGAGUCCGGCAACCCCCUGUCUGGUAGCGAUAACUACGGCAGUACCACUGGCCGCUCUACCGGACAGACCGGCUACGGCUCCAACCCCCUGUCUAGCAACACCACCGGGCACUCUGGCCAUGGCUCCAGCAACCCUCUGUCCGGUAGCGAUAACUAUGGUAGCUCUACUGGUCACUCCACUGGACAGUCCGGAUAUGGCUCCGGUAACACUGUGUCUGGUGGUGACAACUACGGCAGCACCACUGGCCGCUCCACUGGACAGUCCGGAUAUGGCUCCAGCAACCCUGUGUCCGGUAGCGACAACUACGGUAGCUCCACCGGUCACUCCACUGGCCAGUCUGGAUAUGGCUCCGGCAGGCCUGUGUCUGGAGGCGACAACUACGGUAGCACCACUGGCCACUCCACUGGACAGUCUGGAUAUGGCGCCAACGACAACUACGGAGCCGGUGGCAGCAGCUACGGGCAAACCUCAAAGACUGGAAAGACCGCUGGUCCCCACGGCUCCGAUCUAUUGAACAAGCUUGACCCCAGAGUUGAGGAGAAGGGAUCCCUCGGUAGCCAGCGAAACUACUAG